AUGCUCGGCACCCCUUCCGUUCGUCCGCUACCCAACUUCAACGCCAAUCAGGAUGCUGAAGCUCUUCGAAAAGCCAUGAAAGGCCUCGGCUGCAACAAUUCGAAGGUGAUCAGUGUGCUGUGUGGUCGAACAAAUUGGCAGAGACAAGAGAUCGCUAAGGCAUUCAAAGUGAUGUAUGGAAAGGAUCUAAUAAAGGACCUCAAAUCAGAAUUGAGUGGCGAUUUUGAAGAUCUAAUCCUCGCCCUUAUGGAGCCCCCAGCUGUCUACGAUGCCAAGCAGUUACACAAGGCCAUGCAGGGUCUUGGCACGAAGGAAUCAGUGCUGAUCGAGAUCAUGACGUCACGAACUAAUGCGCAGAUCGCCGAGAUCUGCAGCGUUUACCAGCAGCUCUACCGCACGACCCUCGAGAGGGAUCUCGUCGGAGAUACCAGUGGAUCUUUCCAGCGUCUGCUUGUCUCAUUGUGUGCUGGUGGCAGAGAUGAAUCCAAUCGUACAGAUCAGUUGAGAGCAAAUCAGGUUUGUUGA